AUGUGUACAGGAAAGUGUGCGCGUUGCCUGGGGCUCUCUCUCAUCCCGCUCUCCCUGAUCUGCAUUGUGGCCAAUGCCCUCCUGCUGGUACCUGAUGGGAAGACCACCUGGACCAACGACAACCUCAGCUUGCAAGUCUGGCUUAUGGGUGGCUUCAUUGGAGGAGGCCUGAUGGUACUGUGUCCGGGAAUUGCAGCAGUCCGGGCAGGGGGGAAGGGCUGCUGUGGUGCAGGUUGCUGUGGAAAUCGCUGCAGGAUGCUUCGCUCUGUCUUCUCCUCUGCCUUUGGGGUGCUUGGCGCCAUCUACUGCCUCUCAGUGUCAGGAACCGGGCUCCGAAUCGGACCCAAAUGCUUAAUAAACGGCCAGUGGGACUAUCACUUCCAAGAAACCCAAGGCUCUUACUUGCGCAAUAAAACUCUAUGGGAUUUAUGUGAGGAGCCACCUCAUGUGGUACCCUGGAACGUGACGCUCUUCUCUCUGCUGGUGGUUGCCUCAAGUCUGGAAAUAGUGCUGUGUGGAAUACAGCUGGUGAAUGCGAUCAUUGGUGUAUUGUGUGGCGAUUGUCGGAAAAAGGUGGGAACGCAUGGGGGCACAGAAUACUGA